UUCAAGUUAAUGCUUGAAGAUAAAGAUAAAAAACAGUCGGCUGGAGAGUUGAAUGAAAACAUUGUUGUUUAAUUUUAAUAAUUAUUCAAACAUUAUAAGAAAUUUCAUUUAUUAAAUCGCAAGGGGUCAUUGGCCGAGUUUAUUCUUAUCCUAAGUUUCCAUCCAGACAUUUGUUUUUAUUGGUUUUUGAAUCAACUCUCUUUCUGCUAGAGAGCAGUAGUGUUGCAUUGCAUGACGGUCAGUGAAGUUUGUUGAUGGUUGACAAACGAAAUGUAUAAUAAUAUAUUUGUAUUUCUAAGCUUUUGUAAUUAAACCUAAUAUUUUUACAAUACUAUGGAAAUAAACCAUUCCUUUUGUAAAAUGAUCUACGAUUUCUUUUUUUAUAGCAACGGCAAUCGAUUUAUUAGCUUGCCAGAUAUUUUAUCGAACUCUGGCAUAAUGUAGUGUAUAAGAAAUUUUUGAAAAUAAAAAUUUUUUUGAAUUUUGAUCUGUAUUCACGAUGUCUUCCGAAAAUGAUUGCUCAUUUAUUAAGAGUGGAAUUCAUCAGCCUCAGGAUAUCAGGGCAAUGGAUAUUCUUCCAUUGCUGCAAGAAAAAAUAGCAAUUGUUUCUGGAGGAAGAGAUCGACGAGGAUGCCCCAUUCUCUCUUUUCCUGCUCGAACCAGGCCUGAAAGGUUAAAAACAGAAGAUCUCAGAAAAUUAUUAUUUUAUUUGUCUACUACACCAUGUGAGGAAGCAACAGAUUUAGGAUUUUCUGUAGUAAUUGACAUGAGAGGUACGACAUGGAAUACUGUGAAACCAAUUUUAAAAGUCUUGCAGGAAACUUUUCCGAUCAAAAUUCAUACUGCCUACAUCAUAAAGCCAGAAAACUUCUGGCAAAAGCAACGCACAAGCCUUGGAAGUGCUAAGUAUAAAUUUGAGACUAGCAUGAUAUCUGUAGAAACUUUAUCAAAGUAUAUUGAUCCCUCUCAGUUGACCAGUGAUUUAGAAGGAACUCUCCCAUAUGACCAUAAUCUCUGGAUCGAAAUCAGACUGUCUGUUGAAAGUUUCACAUGGAAAGGUAGUGAUUUACUAUCGAGAAUGGAAGCUGUAAAAGAAGAAUUAACAAGGAAUGAAUUUGCUGAUGAUGUGUCUUCUUCAAAAGCCAUGAUAGAUAGUCAUGCUACCUUGAAAAAGAAAAUAAUGCAAGUUCCUGUGGAAGAUAUUGAUAUGGAAGGACAACAAGUUCUACAUAAGCUAAGUUUUGCCACUGGUGGUAGUAGUGGAGGCUCCUGUGACUCUGGGUAUUCUAGUAGAGACAGUGGACCUGCGGGUAUGGCUGGAAAUGUUGAUUUUCAGAAUUCUGUUCCUCAAAUUGUCCAACUCCUGGAAAAUAUUCAUGUGACGAGACAGCAUUUGUUACAACUAUGGCAUAUCCGAAAAGUAAAACUUGAUCAGUGUCUUCAGCUACGUCUGUACGAGCAAGAUGCUCAAAAAAUGUUUGAUUGGAUUUACCAUAAUAGAGAUCUGUUCCUUGUCAGCUAUGUUGAUAUAGGCCAGACAUAUCAAGAGGCAAAGGAUCUACAAGAAGAGCACAACCAUUUUACUAUGUCCUCAAUGAAUGUCUAUGUUAACAUCAAUCGCAUUUUAUCAGUGGCAUCUCGUUUAAUUGAGGGAGGCCAUUAUUCAGCUGCUACUAUACAACAAAUUGCUGCUCGAUUGGAUCGUGCAUGGAAAGAAUUUGCUGCUGGCCUUGAUGAAAGAACUACUGUUUUAGCUUUGUCAGUUCUCUUUCAUCAAAAAGCUGAACAAUACAUGAACAAUGUCUCUCCUUGGAGUAAAGCAUGUGAGCAAACUAUAGUUCCUAGAGAAGUAGUUCAUUUGGAAGAAGUUAUUCAUCAGCAUCAAACACUUUAUGAAAAUAUGUGCCAAGCUUACACUGAGGUUCAUAGCACCAGUAAAAAACUUCUUUAUCAGCUUGAUCAUCUUGUACAAGUAUGUCAUCAGCCGAGAGUCGAUAUGUCUUCGAGAAAACAUUUGCAUAAUGAUGGAAAGAAUAUAGAAAUGAUGAAUCACAAUGGCAAUAACCAUCUCUGCAAUCCUGCUGCUGAUUAUUCAGAAGGUGCCAAACAUGUACUAUCUGUAAUACAUGAUAUUUUAAACCAUCACCGUGCACUGGAGACUCAGUGGCAUACAAAAAAAGUAAAACUUCAUCAGCGUUUGGCCUUGGGCCUCUUUCAAGAAGAUGUCAGACAAGUAUUAGAUUGGCUGGAAAAUCAUGGUGAAGUAUUUUUAAGAAAAAAUACUGGUGUUGGAAGAAAUCUACAGCGUGCUAAAGUUCUCCAAAAAAGCCAUGAACAUUUCGAAACAGUUGCUCAGAAUACAUACACAAAUGCUGAAAAGUUACUUGCUGCAGCUGAAGAACUUGCACAAACAGGGGAAUGUAAUGCUGAAGAAAUUUAUGGAGUUGCUCAAGAAUUAGAGGGUCACAUUACCAGUUUUGCAGCCAGAGUUGAUCAAAGGAGAAACCUGUUAGAUCUAGCUGUUAUGUUUUUCACUCAUGAAAAUGAAUUGACUAGUUGGUUUGAAGAAUUACGUCAGGAAUUACAAAGUGAUGAAGUUGCAGAAAAUGUUGAAGGAGCUGAACAACUUUUAGAGCAGUUCAAUCAGCAAAGAGAUUCUACUAUUGAUGCUGCAAUGAAUACAGUAUCUGAAGGAGAAGCUCUGUUAGAAGAAUUACAAAACUCUGGAUUAGAACCUGAUAGUGACUCUAGUACAUCAAAUGCUGCCAUUGAAGGACUUCUAGAAUCUCUUAGUCGAAGUAGAGAGGAACUUGAAGAACUCUGGGCAAAUAGAAAACUAAAGCUUGAUCUGUGCCUUCAGCUGCGACUGUUUGAAAGAGAUGCAUUGGAGAUAUCUUCACAGUUAGAACUAUGGUCUGAGGAACUGCAAAAUGCUGAUAUUGCAAGAGAUAUGAGUGAAGCUGAACAUACCUUGCAUAUACACAAUGAAAGUGUCAGCAACAUGCAGCAGACUGCCUUAGAUGUUAUUCAGAGGGGACAAGAACUAUAUCAAUUAUUUGAAUCCUCAGGGAUACAACUAAUGGCUGAUCAUCAAUAUGAUGGACAAGCAAGGGUGCAAGUUUUAUUGGACUUUCUUCAGGAGCGUCAUCUAGACCUAGAAGAUGUUGCCGAAGCAAAGCGUGUUAAACUCGAACAAAGUAUCCAACUCUGCCAGCUAGAAAAUGAUGCUAGUCAGGUUUUAAGUUGGAUUGGUAAUGGCGAAGCUAUGCUUGUUGCAUCCUUUAUUAUACCAUCAACUCUACAAGAAGCAGAACAACUUAGAACUGAACAUCAACAGUUUCAGUUAGCCAUUGAGAAAACGCAUUCAAGUGCAGUUAUGGUACAACAGCGAGCUGAAUCUCUUAUUCAAGCAAGUCAUUAUGACCCCUCAAGUGUACGAGCAAUAUGUGAUGAGGUUAAUUCCAGUUGGCAUCAACUUAUGACGCAUGCAGAAGAUAGGCAUAAACUAACUACAGCAUCUUUAAAUUUCUACAAAACUGCUGAACAGGUUUGUUCAGUAUUAGAUAGCCUUGAGAGAGAAUACAAAAGAGACGAAGACUGGUGUGGCAGCAAUAAUGAAACUGGUGAGAAAAAGGAGACUCAAGAAAAGAUAGCACUUGUUUCUCAGCUCUUGACGAAACACCAAGAACAAAAAGAGGCCUUCUUAAAAGCCUGCACCCUUGCUCGUCGCACAGCUGAGACAUUUUUAAAGUAUAGCACCAGAUGUGUACAGUAUUAUAGCUCCCAAAUUGAAGUUAAUCACAAGGUUCCUGAAAACAAAGUUAAAGCUACUCUAGACCAAUUGUUAAGUCAAGAAAAUAAAGUUUUAGAGCACUGGACUGCACGGAAAAAGAGAUUAGAUCAAUGCCAACAAUUUGUCCUUUUCGAAAAUAGUGCUAAGCAGGCUUUGGAAUGGAUAAGAGAGACAGGGGAAGACUAUCUUGAUAAUCGUCGGACGUUAGGGGAAAAUGUUGAAGAAACAAAAUCUUUGCUCAAAGAGUACAAUGAAUUUAAAGGCAAUGCCAAAGAGACGAGAGAGAAAGUCCGAUUACUGCUUCAGCUUGCUGAUAGUCUUGUUGAGCGAGGGCAUGCUCAUGCGUCUGCAAUCAAACAGUGGGUUGCAUCUGUUGAUCAAAGUUAUAAAGAUUUCAGUGAACGUAUGGACCAGUAUCGUCAAAAGUUGGAAGAAAAACUGGGUUUGCAAUCUGAUAGAGAUGCUAAAGAUUUGUCUCUAGACCGACACAGUGAUCCAACUUUAGAAGAUAAAGUGAAGGAGGCUGCGGCUAAGGAGCUUAAUGAAGAAAAACGUAAAUCGGCUCGCCGUAAAGAAUUUAUCAUGGCAGAACUGCUUCAGACUGAAAGAACUUAUGUAAAAGACUUGGAGACAUGCAUUAAAACUUAUAUGGCAGAAAUGGAGAAAACUGAUGAUAACAUUCCAUCAGGAUUGCAAAGAAAAAGUCACACUUUAUUCGGAAAUAUGAUUGAAAUCUUUCAAUUCCAUGAUCAAAUAUUUCUUAAAGAGUUAGAAAAAUAUGAGACUAUGCCUGAAGAUGUUGGUCAUUGUUUUGUGACUUGGGCACAAAAGUUUGAAGUUUACGUAAAGUAUUGCAAGAAUAAACCAGAAUCGAAUUCUUUACUAGUGCAUCAUGCUGGUAACUAUUUUGAGGAUGUUCAACGAAAACACAACAUACCUCAUCCUAUUGCAGCUUACCUCAUUAAACCUGUGCAACGAAUAACUAAAUAUCAGCUACUAUUAAAGGAUCUUUUGUCAUGCUGUGAAGAGGAUCAAGGAGAAAUUAAAGAUGGUUUAGAUGUGAUGCUAAGUGUUCCAAAGAAGGCUAAUGACGCUAUGCAUCUCAGCAUGCUUGAAGGAUGUGAUGUUUCACUUGAUCAGCUUGGAGAAGUAAUAUUGCAAGAUUCAUUUCAAGUAUUUGAACCUAAAUCUUUGAUUCGAAAAGGAAGAGAAAGACACAUUUUUCUCUUUGAGCUGUAUCUUCUGUUUAGUAAAGAGGUCAAAGAUUCUAAUGGCAAAGCUAAAUAUAUUUAUAAAAACAAAUUACUUACAUCUGAAGUAGGCAUUACUGAACAUGUAGAAGGUGAUGAAUGUAAAUUUGCAGUAUGGACAGGUAGAGCUCCUCUUGCAGAGAAUAAAAUAGUUUUAAAAGCAUCUUCUUUAGAAACUAAGCAAUCUUGGGUUAAGAAAUUGAGAGAAGUAAUUCAGGAAACUUACUUUAGCAGUGCACUGUCUACCCUCAAUUUAUCUAAAUGCCAUACCAAAAUUUCAAAAUCUAUCAGUAAUAGAUCAAGCAGGGACUUAGAAGACUCUUCCAUGGAUGAAGGUAGUAUAGAAAACCAAGAAAGAGUUUCUCUUGCUUCAUUUGGAUCAGGGAAUACAACAGAUAGUGAAAAGGGAGGGGAACUUGCUAAUAUUGUAGAAGAUCAUAAAGCUAUACCUGGCUCUUUAGAAUUAACUGUUCAUGCUGGUCAACAAGUAGAAGUAUUAGAAUCCUGUAAUGAUUGGUAUCUAGUCAGACAUGUAUCAAAAGACGAAGCAAAUGCAACAAAUCAAGAAGGAUUAAUACCCCCAUCUUGUAUAAAGACACAUUCAAAAAUUCCUGUACAUAAAACAAAUGAAAAUGAAGAUGCAAAUAUAAAUACUUCUGAUUUAAGUCCUAGUAGCACAUACCCAUUAACAAAUCUCUCAUCUAUACCAGCUACAAAACGUCGAGGAGCUUUUAGAAAAUGGUUAUCUAAUCCAGUUCGCAAACUUAGUCACAGUAGAGUAGAAAGAUCUGCUAGUGAAGCAUCUAAGUCAGUUUCCAAUAAGAAAGCAUCUCAACAGCCUAAAAUCACCAGCAAAAGAGAAGCAUCUGAAAAGUCCUUGCACUCUGCACAAAAUGGAAUAUUACAGAUGGAUUCAAGCAAAAAGAGUAUAUCAGUAGAUGAUGAUGAAGUAUUAGAUGUAGAACUACCACCCCCAAUGAAAAUCCAGGAACAUAGUUUUACACCAGUACAUCAAACUCUACCUGGGGGAACCAGUGAAAAGCCAAUAACCUUACCUUCUUCGGAUGGCAGUAGUACUACUGAUUUGGCUUCUGAAAUAGAGCAAAUAGUAAAGGAACGGAUGGAUGAACAAAAUAAAAAGCACUCCAUGAGUACAAAGGAGAAGGAAAAAGUUUUGCAAAACAGGAAAUGUGUCAUUCAGGAAUUCAUUGAGACAGAAAAACAAUACUUAAAUGAUUUAGAAUCAAUUAUUGAGGGCUAUCUGAAGUCCAUGAGAUUAAAAGAAAUCCCUGUUCCUCAAGAUUUGAAUGGUGACAAAGGAAAAUUGAUAUUUGGGAACAUCGAAUCAAUAUUUGAAUGGCACAAAGACACUUUCUUUCCUAAACUUCAAAGUACCUUAGAAAAUCCUCGUGGGAUAGGACCUCUCUUCAAAAAAUCUGAAAGAAAGCUUCACAUGUAUAUUCUUUAUUGCCAAAAUAAACCUAGAUCAGAAGAAAUUGUAGCACAAUUUUUAAAUUCAUAUUUUGAAGAGGUCAGAAGAAAAUGUAAUAUUGAACAUCAAAUUCAUGAUUUGUUGGCUCGACCUGUUCAAAGGAUAUUGGAAUAUAAACUUCUUUUAAAGGACAUAUUGAAAUAUACUCAGAUGGCGGAUGUGGAAGAAGAAAUUCAACAACUUGAAAAAGCCGUCCAUACUAUCCACUUAAUUUAUAAAUCUUCAAAUGAUACUUUAAAUCUGAACAGAUUACAAGGAUAUCAAGUGAAUUUUGCUCACCAAGGGCAACUUCUUUUUCAAGGUCAGUUAAAAGUUGGUGAACAUGCAAAUAAACUCAAGGAUCGUCAGGUGUUCUUAUUUGAACAAAUCAUUCUUUUUAGUGAGAUUGUUGCUCCAAAAAAUCAGCAUUCUAGUCCUGUUUAUGUAUAUAAAAAUUCUUUACAUAUGGAUAAACUAUUGUUGGAUGAUUGCAAAGAUUCCAAUAAAUUUGUUUUAAAGUUAAAAGAUUCUCCUAAAGAUGAAGCAUUUAUUGUACAAGGUCACAGUGUAGAUACUGCGCAAGAAUGGAAAGAAAAAAUAAGUUAUGCGAUUAAUAUGCAAAUGGAUUAUGUAAAAUCUCUUCAGUCUCCUGUUUUGUAUCCAUCAGAAAUUAAUACAAGUUCACAAAGUAAUUGCUGACCAAGGCUUAACUCGCUCUCAAAAUAAUUCAAGUCAUUGAUGUUAUCGUAACUGUUGUGAUACUAUCAAUUCCUUCAGUCAUGGACUAAGUACUUAAAGAAAGGUGUCUCCAAGGAGCUCCAUCAUCAGUUGGAUUUCUUCUGAAACAUACUACAAGACCUAUUUGGUCGUCCAAUCUAUGCAAAACAUCAAAUUCACCCCUUUCUUUCAGAACUUAAUAACAGUUACUCUAAAUAAUCGCACCAGAAAUAAGUGGAUUUUCAUCCUGUUCAUUUAUUCAUUCGUUCAUUCAUUGCAUUAAUGUGAUUUAAUGUGCAGCUUUACUCACAAUUUGUGUUUUAUUUCAGACAUGAAAUACGUUUAUGUUUUGCCUAUGCAUUUUAUAACAUGAAUUUGAGAAUCUUAUUGUAAAUAUGUAUAUAGAUGAACUGUUUUUUAGCUUAUUUGACAUUAUUUGCCUGCUAAGCUUCAUAAGUGCAAUAUUACCUGUAAGGAAUUUAGUCACUUUCAUAGGAAACUUUUCCUUCUAUUGUAAUUCUAUUCAUGGUUUUUCAACAAAAUUGCCUUUGCAUAUUUGUAUACUUGUUACAUAUUAGUUUUAAUUUUUUAUAGUUAAUUAAUAAAAACAUGAAAAAUUCACUGAA